ACUGCAUGACAAACAAAACAAGACACAAUACUGUGAAUUUAUAUUUGCAGUAAAGGAGAAACUUCUUGCUUAAGUGAGAAACUGUGUAGCAUUUUAUAGAUAAUCUAAACAGCUAGGAUGCCAACUUUAGGAUCAAAGAGAAAAGACAACCCAUCCAGGAUGGAGAAGUACACUGGGGACAUGCCACAGUUGAGCAAUGAGAUGCAACUAGACAUCCUGAACAAGGUGAAGAGUGGACAGUUAUCAAUCGAUGAUGCUCUGCAGCAGGCAAGGAUGGACAGAGAACAGAAGAUGACAGAUGACAAGGUGCAAGAAUCUCAGUACAACUUUAGUGUUCACAAGCAUGGCCGCUACAGGUGGCAGAAACGGGUUUUACAGAUUGAUUUCAGGACCAAAAUGGUGUGCAGCAUAGAGAAAGGAAUCGUCAAGCGGCAACUUCCCUUCUCUAUUGUCAAGAGUUGUGAUGAUGGAGAGGGUUCCAGGUACUCUAUUUCCUUUAAAGGACAUCAUGAUUAUGAAUUGGAGGCCACGUCGCUGGAGGAUAAACAUAAGAUGAUGGAGCUUAUCAAUAAGAUAAUUUAUAGUAACAUAUACAAUGAUCCCGGAGAAGAAAAUGCAGAAUCCCAUGAGCAAUCUCAGGCACCACAGAGCAUUCGAGAAGGGAUGUUGUUGCUGCACAGGGGAGGCUUGGCAUCAUUUAAAUGGAUGAAAUAUGAGGCCCAGCUCCAUCCAGGCCAACUAACACUGGUCCCGCUGAGAUCCUGGGGCACCACAGAUGGCGAGAUGACACCCUCGGUGCCUGUUUCCACUGUGAUUCACCUGUCAGACGGUGACACCAGAGUGCAGAAACUUAACGACUCUGACACUUUCAGUCUAAUCACCCACAAAAAUGAGUACCAAUUUAAGGUGCCAGAUGAAACAGAUGCCCUGGGGACUGUGCAACAGGAACGGGACGCAUGGGUCAAAGCAAUUGACAAACUGUGUUCAGAGUGGAAAAGGAAGUCCAAGAUGUUCAUGGAACAAAAGUCCUUUCGACACGUGAGCAUACCCGAAGACACAGAGGACAACGAUACAGAUCUCGAGUCCAGUGGUGAAUUUGGUGCUGGCAGCAUGACUUAUCCUCCAGCUGAUAAUAAAAAUGCAGAUCCACCCCUGAGUGAUGGAGAUAAUUCAUCAGCUCAGCAAACCCAUCCACCAGCUGAUCACACAAACCCUAUUCCUAAACCUCGCAGGAAGAAUUCUCCCCAAAUAAUCACACCUCAGGUCUCAUCACCACCCUCUCCCAGUCGUAUUGCUCCGACAUCUCCCACCCCCCUUCCACCCAGUCCCCGUGCUAUCCUUCCACCCCCUCCCGUGGUCCCAGAGUCUCCUGCCCAAGAAGCAGGCUCUUUAAUCGUGAAAGGGCCCCCUCCCCCAAGCAUCCCGGCUCCUCCACCUUUACCCCUCAACCUAAAUUCAAAAAAAGCAUGCACCAAGGCUUUCCACUGGGAUCUUAUUAGCCCAGACAAGAUUGCAAAAUCGUUCUGGAUACAGGAACGCAUGGGGAGGGUUGAAAUCGACACAUCACUCUUACACAACCAAUUUGCUGUUAAAGAUCUUGGGACGUUUGGUGUUGUUGAGCCAAAUAAUACCCAGCAUAUUAUGCUGAACCAGAAGAUUGCACACAACUUCAACAUUUUCCUCAAAAGUUUUCCGGUGCAACCGGGAGAGCUGAAGGACAAACUGUUCAUCAUUAAUGAGAAAGAUGGAGGCCUGUCUGAUGAGCACAUCACCUCUCUGAGGAGGUAUGUCCCCACCAUGGAAGAUGUGGAAAUGUACAAAUCCUACAAAGGACCUGUAGCUGAACAGCAUAUUGUGGACCAGUACAUGAUGGAGAUGUGCAACAUCCCCUACCUGAGCACACAACUCGACCUGUUGUUGACUCUGAGAGAGCUUCCGAUCAGCAUGAACGACCUGCAGCCCCUGAUUAACCAGAAGAUCAGAAUGUGCACGCAGCUGUACAACUGCAGGUCAUUUGUUUCCGUGCUGGAGUACCUCCUCGCCAUUGGCAAUUACCUCAAUGAGAAUGCCGGGAAGGAAAAGGCCAAGGGAUUCCGCCUCUCCUCCUUAACUAAACUCGCCCAGCUCCGUGGGACAGACAAGAAGUUCACCUUGCUUCAUGCCCUUGUGGAGCAGAUUAUGUUGCAUGAACCGUGCUUGGCCACUUUUCCCCAGGAGUUGGCAGAAUUUGAAACUGUCCCUGGAGCUUCCAUCAAAGGCUUGACCGCAGAAGUAGACGUCCUGAAGAAUGAACUAAAGAAAAUCACUCAGUAUAGAAAAAUGUCCAAGAAGAAAAAUAUAGCAGCUCAGAAUUCAAACUUCUCUAAAGACCUGAAGAUGGCGAUUGAGAAAUAUAACGCAGAUCUUUCGGCCCUGAUGAAGACAUGCGAGGAGAUGAAGAAACUCUACUCUGACAUACUGGUGAAAUUCGGAGAACCGGCGGAUCAAGACUCUCAGGAGCUCUUUGGCUUGCUUUGUCAGUUUGUGCAUGACUUCAAAAGGGCACAUGCUGAAGCUGCAUGAGUUAUAGAGUUAUUGCACAGCGCACGUACAUUAGCGAGGGCAGAGACUGCAGUGUUGCUUACUAAAUGAAACUGAUCCAUCUUUGUUGUGACAAUUAUAGAAGUUUGAGGUACAGAACUACAUGACACAGUGUAACUUAAUUAGUUUCUUCAAACUGAUGGUUUGAUUUAGUUUUGUUUUUUUAAAAUAUAUAUUUCCUGAGUUGUACAGAUAUUUUAUUAGAUAAUGGACUAUGCAUUCAUUGUAGCAAAUCCUGUCCCUGGACAGCCUGAGAGACCGGCUAUGUCAUGGAAAUCAAUUUUGUGAAUACAAACUGAUUUAUGUCACAUCGUAUCAUAUCA